ACAGGACACGGAGUUUUCCAGUGGGUGUUGUUCACCGUGCUACAACAGAUGUUUACGGGGUUUCCAUCCUUCGGCCAUGUCAGUAGUUUGCCUCUUUCUGUCAAAGGCAUAAUGACCUCCAGUGCCAGAGACCUUAGCCAUGACUGCACAAGUAUAAUCAUGCCCUCUGGUGUUUCCAGCUUCCUGCUGGAUUGUAUAGAUUCAGACUUAGAAGUUAGUGAAUCACUACCUUCUAUUGAGACUUUGUGCAAGGCUGAUACGUAUGAUGAAGAUGAGGGAACAGGUUUCGUCAGUGAGGAUGAAAUGGUGUACUGCUAUAUCAAGAACUCAACACUUCUCAGUUUCAGUGAUGCUGUGAAUAUCGGCAUGCAGCACCCUCCAAACCUCUCUAUUCUGGAGCUGUCACCUGUUACUGAUGGACAAACUGCAAAGAAGUCUUCCUUUUUGCCCCCUACUCAACUUGCAUCACAUUUUGGAUCCUCACUUUUGGUAGGACCAUGUGAAUAUUUGGAAUCCACAAGCAAUACCUUGGGAGGUAAAAGCAAAACCACUCCAGCUGAAGAAAGGACUCCUGUAACUAAGAUAUUUAGAGCAUUUUCUCCUGUUGUGGAAAAAAAGCCUUUUACAGGAAAACACAGGGCAAUAAAAUCCCAAAAGGUGACCUUCAGUGAUGUUAUCAGCACCCAGGCCAUACCAAAGCUUAAGCCUGGUUCAGUAAAGCUUCAGAGAAGAGCCCAUAAUGUCUAUAGGAAUGACAUGAAAAGGAACACUAUAGAGCCUUCUUUGGAGACAGCAAGAUUUUUUGACUUUGCUGAUGAAUGUGAGAAGGAAGCUUUUUUCCAAAGACUGAAGUUGAGCUACACCUUUCAGCUUCCUGCUAAACUGAUAACUUUUACAGACCUCCCGAGGCCUGGAAAUACAUAAGGGCCCAGAAAACCUGGCCUGCAACGACGACCCUGGGAGAGGAAGUAACACCAAGACCAAAUCUCCCGGUUUAAAAUUACGUGCCACACUCUUAAAAUCAAAAUGUUUCUUCAUUUGUUGUUGUUUAAAACCCAAGUUUGACUUUGCCAUUCCCAACACUCGAUUUAAACGCUGUCGCAUUUGAGUCACAUACUCACAUACUGUCACUGUUUU